AUGUCGACGCUGCGCCUGCGGGACCUCAUCCGCAAGGUGCGCGAGUGCAAGACCGCGGCGGAGGAGCGCGCGGUGAUCGCGCGCGAGUCGAGCGCGAUUCGGGAGUCGUUCAGGAACCCCGACGAGGCGCGAUUCGUCCCGAGAAACGUCGCGAAGCUGAUGUUCGUGCACAUGCUCGGACACGCGACGCACUUCGGGCAGAUGGAGUGCGUGCGAUUGACGGCGAGGAACGGGUUCCCGGAGAAACGGAUCGGGUACCUGGGGCUGAUGCUGCUGCUGGACGAGGACCAGGAGGUGACGAUGCUGGUGACGAAUAGCGUGAAGAACGACUUGAGUCAUAAGAAUCACUACGUGGUGGGACUCGGGUUGUGCAUGUUGGGGAGCAUAUGCAGCGCGGAGAUGGCGAGGGACGUGGCGGGGGAGGUUGAGCAGUUGAUGGGACACGGGAAUUCGUACGUGAGGAAGAAGGCGGCGCUGACGGCGACGAGGGUGAUUAAAAAAGUGCCAGAGUUGACGGAGGGGUUCGUGCCGGCGGCGGAAAAGUUGUUGAGCGAUAGGCAUCACGGGGUGCUGCUGGCGGCGUGUACGCUGGCGACGGAGAUGUGUGAAGACGAUGACGACGUGCGGCAGAGAAUGCGAGCGCAGGUGCCGCAGUUGUGCAAGGUUUUGAAGUCGUUGAUUUACGCGGGGAAGAGUGUUGAGCACGACAUCGCCGGUCACGCGGAUCCGUUUUUGCAAGUGGCGAUUUUACGAUUGCUUCGCGUGCUCGGUCGAGGCGACGCGGACGCGAGCGAUGCGAUGAGCGACAUAUUGGCGCAGAUCGCGUCGAACACGGAUGGCGCGAAGAAUGCCGGGAACGCUAUUCUGUACGAGGCUGUCGAGACCAUCAUCGCCAUCGAGGCCGUGGGUGGUUUGCGCGUGCUGGCGGUGAACAUUCUGGGCAGGUUUUUACAGAACAAGGAUAACAACAUACGUUACGUCGCGCUGAAUACGCUCGCGAAAGUUGUCGAGGUGGACAUGCAAGCCAUCCAACGUCACCGCGCUAUCAUCGUGAAUUGCGUGAAAGACGCGGACAUCACCAUUCGGCGAAGCGCGCUGCAAUUAGUGUACGGCUUGGUGAACGCCAAGAACGUCACCACGCUGUCACAUGAGUUGCUCGAGUACUUGGAGGUGUGCGAUGAGGAGUUCAAGUGUGAGUUGGCAAAGAAAAUAUCCUCCUUGGCAUUGAAGUUUUCGCCGAGUAAGCAGUGGUACAUUGACACGUUCAUCGCCCUCCUCAUUCGCGCUGGGCAGUACAUUGACGAGCUCGAGUGCAACGAUUUCAUGGGGCUCGUCGCGCGGACGCCUCAGCUUCACGGCUACGCUGCGCGUUCAUUGUAUCGCGCGGCGUGCGACGAUUAUGCUCCCGUGCGUUUGUGCGCAGUCGCGGUGUGGGUGUGCGGGGAAUACUCAGACGCGAUGGUGCACGCGCCGUCCGUCGAGGACGAAGUAUUGACCAAGGUGAAGCAUAACGAUGUCACGAAGCUUAUGAUCGCGAUUCUGAGCGAGGAAAAGUACCUGAUGUUGAGACCGUUAGUCAUGACGGCGCUUGCCAAGAUUGCGGUGCGCGAACCGAGCGAACAAGCCGUCAUCAUACCCGUCUUGGCCAAGUAUGAGACAACACUCGAGCUCGAAACGCAAAAGCGCGCGCACGAGUACAAAUCGAUGUUUGAAAAGAUGCCAGAUCUCCGGGAUAUGCUCUUCGAGCACAUGCCACCUCCCGAGGCACCGAAAUUCGUCGCUGCGGAUACCAUGGAAACUCUAGCUCAGAAAAAGGCUGCGGACGCGGCUCGACCGGCGAGAAGCUUUGGCGACUUGUUGAAUUUCGAUGAAGGUGACUCGUCGCAGGCGCAAACUAGCGGCGCCGACUUGUUGAACGAUUUACUCAGCCCUAGUUCGGCAGAUGCGCCGACGUCGGCGCCGGUGACGCCUGCGAAACAAAUGCCCACGACGGAUCCGUUUGCUAACAUGGACGCGGCACAUCCGGCUGCCGUCGCGGGCUUGAUGGAUCUAAUGUCAGACGAUGUCCCGGUGGUUUCUUCGUCCUCUACCGGAUCCUUGAUCGAUGCGCUGGGUGCGCCUACGGCCCCCACGCCUCCGACAGCACCGCAACCGGCGUACGCGAAAGGUUCUUUGUCAAUCUUCUUGUCGGCGUCAAAGCCGAAUCAGCUCGACCAAAGCAAGACGCUCGUGAGCGCUCGCUACGUUAACGCGGGUCCAGCUGAUAUCGAAAACUUUUCUCUACACGCAGCGGUUCCUAAAACCAUGACUCUUAGCAUGCAAGCGGCGAGUGGGUCGACGAUAUCAUCGAGCGCGCCGGUGACGCAAAACAUGCUCGUCUCGGCGGCGGCGGGACACGAAGGCAAGCCGAUAGCGCUCCGUCUGAAGUUAUCAUGGGUCGAGAACGGCCAGGUAAUGAACGAAAUGGCGACAAUUUCGCGAGUUGACUAG